AUGUCAGAUACUAGCACGCAUGUAGAGCUGCCCCCAGAGGAGCGAUCCGCAGACUCUAGCGCCCAGAAUGACGCUGCUACAUCAGAAUCGCGGGCGUUAGUUGUCCGGAACAGGGGACAGAACGGGUUCAGCAAGUAUUUCUAUUCCGGCGUGCUGGGUCUUUUCGCUGUUUCCAUCUCCUUGUUUAGCCGAGUGCUCCCAUUCGCACCACAACUCCGAGCUGAUGACUAUAUGGGGAGGACACGACAAGUCCUAUCGACAACGCCGUUGAUCGAUGGUCACAAUGACCUCCCAUACGUCAUUCGUCAGGAGCUGAAGAACAAAAUCUACAGCCCACGAUUUGACUUUACGGGUCAUCUGCUGAGCCAUACAGACCUUGGCAAGAUGCGUUCUGGUCAGAUGGGCGGGCAGUUUUGGAGCGUCUUCGUUGAAUGCAAAAGCGACGGUGUGCCACAACUAGACGAUCCAACUUGGGUGGUGCGUGACACGCUCGAACAGAUAGAUGUCGUUGGGCGUCUAAUCGCAAAACACCCGAACGACUUGCAGUUUUGCGGCGAUGCAGCCUGUGUUCGAUCCGCAUUUGCAUCCGGCAAGAUUGCCAGCAUGAUUGGAAUCGAGGGAAGCCACCAGAUCGGAAACUCCAUCGCCACCCUUCGACAAAUGUACAGCCUUGGAGCCCGCUACCUCACAUUGACUCACAACUGCGAUACCCCCUUUGCUACGUCGGCAACUUCCGUGGCGGCCGGUGAGAUCGACCGCGGGCUGUCCUCUCUUGGCCACAAUCUGGUGCAGGAGAUGAACAGACUGGGCAUGCUCGUUGACUUGUCCCACGUCUCGCCGCAAACCAUGCGCGAUGUGCUCAAGGUUGCAAAGGCGCCCGUCAUGUUCUCGCACUCCGGAGCCUUCUCCAUCUCCCGGCAUCUAAGAAACGCCCCCGACGACGUGCUCCAGAGUUUGAAACUGAAUGACGGAGUCAUCAUGGUUUGCUUCGUCAAUGAUUUCCUGAACAAAGAUCAUCCUGACCAGACGACGAUUCACGAUAUUGCCGACCACAUCUUCCACAUUGCGAAUCUCAUUGGCUGGCAGCACGUUGGUCUCGGUUCCGAUUUUGAUGGAACAAUCGACGUGCCCAGAGGAAUGGAGGAUACUUCGAAAUACCCUAACCUUAUUCAACUAUUGAUGAAACGCGGUGCCACAGAUAGCCAGAUCCGUGGUCUGGCUGGGGAUAAUAUCUUGCGUGUCUGGUCCAAAGUUGAGCAGCAUGCCAAAUCCGUGCAGGCAAACAAGGAACUCCCUGUGGAGGAAGUAUGGUCAGGGCGCCACUGGUUCCAUGAUUACGACCCCGAGCUGCCUCUCAUGUUUCGAGACAGCAAGAAGGAGCGAAGGGAGGCCGACUAG